CAAAAACAAAGGACAGGUGUUCUCGGAGUGGCAAUUCUGGGGGGGGCUGCUUACAUUGGACAAGGGAAGAUAUGAAAGACCAGGAAGAGAGGUCCGAGAGACCAUGGGAAAUUUAUGGGUAUAGAACGGGGUUUUUGUUUUUCCAUCAUCAUCAAUAUCACCCCAUUAUCAUCAUCGUCGAGGAGGGAGCGGAGGACAGCGCAAGAGCCAAAGCAAAGGAACACUUGAUAGCAAACAAACAUGCACGCGCGCAUCGCCUGGGACAGAAAGCCAGCGAUCGCGAGAAAGGGAAGAGAAGUUGAUUGCUCGGGAUAAUGUCUAUUUUGUUGCUCACUUCCCCCGAACAAUCAAAGAACUACCUUUUCACUCCUCCAACAAUGCUCUCCAAUUCCUCUCAAUGUUCUCGUCGUUUUGGCUCGUAUUCCUCGGCUGCGCUCAUGUCAUCGUCCUUCUUUCUGAUGCUUUAUCACUGCCACGUGGGCGUCGUGACCUUCCCGGAACAAGCUCCACCUUAUCCUCCUCCUCCUCCUCAUCCCGCCGCAGCGCAUGUGGGGACUACAGUAACAUCUGCUCCUUUCAGACGCGGAACACUGCACCUUCAGCGAACAGCUCAUCUUUUUCCCUUUGUUCGGAUACAUUCAUCCGUGCAUCAUCAACGAACGCGCCUUUCUUCACCAUGGGGUGCCUUAUGUUGGGACACGCGCACCUCCAUGACGCGUGAAGCGAGGUUAAAGUGCUUGCAUGGGUUAGCGCGGCGGUGCGAAGUUGGCCGUGCCUGGGGGCGGUAGUGUCACGAGGUUUCACUGCUCGUCGAUUCCCGUCUUUGAGGCAACAUCAAUCCCGAUGAUUCGAG